CCUUCAAAGGUAAACAAACAAGUCGUGUCGCACAUGUUCCUCCUGUGAGCGGGUUAUAGGCGUAGAAGCAGUUGUAUUAUUUUUAUGAAUCACCAUGGGGAAAAAAGGUAAUUCAAAGUCUAGCUUUGGAGGACAGAAAAAGGUGAAGAGACUGAACCCUUUUGAAGUUCACACAAAUCGAGUAAAGCAUGAUGUACUGGGACGCAAGAGCAAAUUUGAACGCGGAUUACCAGGAGUUGCAAGAGCAAAAGCAAUAAAGAAGAGAGACAAAACACUGCUCCAGGAAUACAGAUCUCGGAAUAAGAGCAACGUCUUUGUUGAUAGACGCAUAGGAGAAAAUGAUUCUGCCAUGUAUCCUGAGAAGAAAAUUGCCCUAAGAAUUGCAGCAGAGAAGAAAAAACAGUUUGGAAAAGUAUAUAAUCAUAUAAUGGAUUCAUAUUUUUGCCCAACAGCUCAGUUUGUCAAAGAACAACAUUUUGGUGGUUUCUUGACAAGACGAGAAUAUGAGGAAGGUGAUACUGACAAACACAAGACUAAAAAAGAAUGGAUUGAUGAAAUCAUAGCAGAGUCAAAAAGAAAAAAGGCUGAGUUCAAAAAGGAAAAAGAGGAGCAGCAUGAAGCUGUCAGUAACCUUGAUUCCAAAUUACAAAAUUUCAUGAUGAUUAUGGCUGGUUAUACAAUGACUGAUGAGGACAAACAAGCAGCUAAAACAAAAAGUGCCUUUAGAGACUACGAUAUGCUCGUUAAAGAGCUUGGAUUUGACCGUACUGGAAAAGCAAAACCUGUUGAUAAGUUGAAGACACCAGAGGAAAUAGCCAAGGAAGAGAGAGAGAAACUUGAAAAACUAGAAGCAGAUCGUGUCAGGCGGAUGAAGGGAGAAGAAGUAAAAGAUGUGAAAAAAAUGAGGAGUGCAGAUGACCUAGAUGAUCAGUACAUAUUACAGAAAGAUGUCCAGGUACCUCUGAGUUAUAAAGAUGGCAAAAUGUUGACAGGAGAUGAUGAAGACCAAACAGAAGAUGAAAGUGAUGAUGAAAAGGAUGAUGAUGCUGAAGAUGGAAAUGAGGAAGUAGAUGAAGAUGGGGAAGAAGAGGAAGGAGAAGGAGGAGAAGAAGAGGAAGCCGAAGAAGAAGAGGAUGAUGAUGAUGAUGAUGAAAGUGAUAAGUACUCAGAUAUUUUAGAAGAAAGUGAGAGUGAAGAAGAGGAAGAAGAGAUAAAAGAAAAGCCUGGUACACUUGAGGUGAUUAAAAAGAAGGAAAUGAUGGAAGCAGCCAAAAAGGAGCUGCCAUAUACAUUUGAAGUGCCACAAGACUAUGAGGCAUUCUGGGCAUUGUUAGAAAAUCACUCGCCAGGAGAAGUGAACACUAUCUUAGAGCGAAUGGUUGCAUGUAAUCAUCCUAAACUUGGAGGGAAGAAUAAGGAAAAGUGUGAUUACUUAUGUGCAUAUCUUUUGCAGACAUUGAAUGUUUUAGCUGAUUAUGAUGGUGCUUCUCCCAUGGACUCUGUGUCACCCCUCAUGUAUGUGGAUUGCAUCACUCGACAUAUCUAUGGUCUUACCCAGUUUACCUCAGUAAAUACAGCGAAUGCAUUAAAACAGGUGCUGUUGGAAAAAUAUGGAGACUGUUCAAAAUAUAAGUUCAAAAGAUAUCCUAUGGGUGAUACACAUAUACAAUUCACCAGUGAAUUGUAUAUGCUACUGCAUAUGACUGUAUAUGCUACAGUCAUACUUCAGCUUCAUUCACCAGUGAAUGUAGCUCCUAGAUCAGGGCAUCUUGCAUCUGUUCGAGCUAUUAUGAGACCAACCACAAUACUGCUGGAUUGCUUGGUUCUAGAGAAUCUCCCUAAAAGUGUACAAGAGGCUAUUGAAGCUCUGCGCCAAGCUAUUAGAUCCUUGCCAGCCCAAGGCAAACCCCUUGUCAAGGAAGAUGCAAAGCCCAGAUCAAUACCAAUGUUUGAGCCGGCCUUUGAGAAGAUUAUUGAAGGAGCCAAAAAACGACAUGGUUCCAAGGAGAAGCUGGAGCAUCAGAAAUUGCUUCAUAAUCUGAAGCGAGAAAGAAAGGCUGUGAAGAGAGAAAUUGAGAAAGAUACUGCAUACUUAGCUAGACAGAAAUUGCAAGAACAGCUUGAAAGUGAUGCUGAACGGAAACGAAAGGUUGGACAGAUCAUGGGAGGCCUGCAAAUGCAAGAGAGUGAACACAAGAAAAUGAAGUUGAAGAAGAAAUAAGAUGUUUUCUUAUAAGAUUUCUUAGCCUCCUCUUCUACAGAUUUUCACAAACAAAAGUGGAAGUAUAAUGCAAUACAUUCUACUGUAUAUAUUAAGAACUGACAGGAACUUUACCUAUGGAAUAUAUUAUAUAUGUAUACACACCAUAUUGUAUUUUGUGGAAUGAAUAAACACUUUUCUAGUUUA